ACCUCCCAAAAGAGCGAGAGAAAUAAAACCGUCGCUUUGGGUAGCGGCUUCAGAUGGGCUUUUGGUGAUAACACAAAAAACGCGGUUUAGAAUCUCUUUUCUACUUUUUUUACCUCGAAGGAGUCCCGCCAGACCUAAGACUGCCUUCUCUGUUUCAGUUAAAGAGACGUAGAAAAUGGCGUCUUGGGCCGCGGCAACCUUUUCGUCGAAUCAACUUGUUCCACUUCCUGCUGUUGUUACUGCUGCAGCUGCUCCUUGUUCUAGCUGCAGAGCCAAUUUAUUGAAAGUAUGUAGUCCAAGAAGAGGGAGGCUUUAUUUCUUUGUUGCUGAGAACGACUCAAGACUGAGGACUUUUGUGGUUGCGUCAAACCGAGUUUCUACAUUACAAACUCAACCGGGUACUUGGGAAGAUCCUGAUGAUGGCAGUGGUAGUGAUUAUGAAGAAGAAGAUGAGGAAGUGGAAGAAAAUAACUUGGAUUAUGAGAGUGACUGGGAGGAAGAAAGAAAUGCUUCAGCUACAGUUAGUGUGGAUAAGCCCACAACAAAUGAGUAUGAGGAGGAUCUUGUAAAAGAGGUUGAACAGCUUUUGGGCCCAGAAGAAAGAGUGAUUUUGCAACAGAAUGUGACACCUAACCUGGGAAAAAUAUCAUCUGCAAAAUGGAACCCACUCCAUACUCUAGCGCUAUCAGGGCAGAUAUCUUUCAUGGAUAAGCUACUAGAAAAUGGGCUCGAUAUUGAUAUUCUUGAUCAGGAUGGUCUCACUGCUCUUCAUCAGGCAAUUAUAGGCAAAAAGGAGGCUGUAAUUAGUCAUCUUCUAAGAAAAGGUGCAAGCCCUCAUGUCAAAGACCGGGAUGGUGCUACUCCACUUCAUUAUGCGGUUCAAGUUGGUGCCAUGCAAACUGUGAAGUUAUUGAUCAAAUACAAGGUUGAUGUAAAUGCUGCAGAUAAUGAGGGGUGGACUCCAUUACACAUUGCCAUCCAAAGCAGAAAUCGAUAUAUAGCAAAAAUUUUGUUAGUCAAUGGUGCGGAUGCAAACAGGAGAAAUAAGGAUGGAAGAACACCCCUGGAUCUGAGUCUGUGUUAUGGGAAAGACUUCAAAUCAUAUGAUCUCGCCACGUUACUGAAGGUAGUGCCUUCUAACAGAGAUCUUUGAUGGAGACGAGGAAUGCCACAAUGUUGACAUAGAAUCUUCUGUUGCAAGAAUGUUUCUCAAUGAUCGUGCAUUCUAUGACCUGCAGACCUUAUAUAUACAUUAUGUAUGUCGUAGUUUACCCAAAAGCACUUCAGUGACCUGCAGGCUGCAGAUCUUAUGGAGACACGAAGAUUUGUGUAAAAGGAUGCAACCAAUGGAGAAAGUUGGAAGGGUUUUUCCUGCAGCCAAAUGGUGUCCGAUAGUGUAUCUGUUUAUUUUUUACAUGUAUGGUAGGACCGCUGCUAUGGGAUGGAUUUAAUCUUCUGUACCUUGUAUAAAUGUCUAUCAAGGAAUACUAAUCAAAAAAAAAAAAAUGUCUAUCAAGGAAUGCCAUGGGCUUUUCCACAGAGGGAGAGAGAGGGGAUGAAUUAAAAAAGACUUAUACCAAAGUAAAAAGAUCCAAUAUGAUGGGUUUGAGAACUUAAUGGUUAAAUCUUACAUUGGACUAAAGGAGGGUGUG